AAUAAAACAAGGUUAGCCUACUAUCAAUAUAACAAGGAAGAUCCAGAAUUGAAGCCGUAUAAUCAAGAGAAAUUAUUCAAGUAUUAUGAUUUCAUUGUUGUUGGUGGUGGUUCAGCUGGAGCAGUUGUUGCGAACAGACUGUCUGAAAAUCCAGACUGGAAGGUUCUUCUUCUUGAAGCUGGUGGAGAUGAAUCUGAGAUAUCAGAUGUUCCUGUUUUAGCUGCUUAUCUCCAGCUGGGUAGAAUGGACUGGAAAUAUAAAACUGAACCGCAACCAGGUGUUGCCUGUCUGGGGCAUACUAACCAGCGGUGCAACUGGCCACGCGGAAAGGUCCUUGGAGGGAGUUCGGUCCUGAAUUAUAUGCUCUAUGUUAGAGGAAAUAGGAAGGAUUAUGAUGGUUGGGAGUCACAGGGUAACCCUGGUUGGGGGUAUGAAACUGUGCUUCAUUAUUUCAAAAAAUCGGAAGAUAAUAGGAAUCCAUACCUAGUGCAGACUAAAUAUCAUUCUUCUGGUGGAUAUCUAUCUGUUCAGGAGGCUCCCUGGAGGUCUCCCUUGGCCACUGCCUUUGUAUCUGCUGGAGAAGAAAUGGGAUACAAAAAUAGAGAUGGAAAUGGAGAAUUUCAAACCGGUUUUAUGAUAGCUCAGGGAACUAUACGUCGAGGUUCAAGAUGUUCAACAGCUAAAGCAUUCUUGAGACCUAUACGAGACCGGAAAAAUCUUCAGAAAAUGAAUUUAAUAGAUCCUCUAAUUUUGUAUAAACUCUACGUUUUUCAGAUCCUUGUUGAUAAUAAGAACACUGCCUUUGGUAUAAAAAUGAAGAGAGGAGGUCAAAUAUACACUGUUCUAGCUAAGAAAGAGGUUAUUCUAUCUGCGGGAACGUUGAACUCCGCUCAACUUCUUAUGCUAAGCGGUAUAGGACCUCAGGAACAUUUAAGAGACCUAGGUGUUCCUGUAUAUCAAAAUCUGCCAGUGGGACUUAAUUUACAGGAUCAUUGGGGAACUGGAGCACUUGCCUUUACAGUAGAUCAUCCAGUUUCUAUAGUGCAACCUCGUAUUGAGAAUAUUCCAUCAGUUUUAAAGUAUGCUGCAUUUGGAACAGGUCCUUUUACUGUCAUGGGAGGUGUUGAGGGAUUGGGUUGGGUGUCAACGAAAUAUGUCAACAGGUCUGCAGACUGGCCGGAUAUUGAGUUUCAUUUUGUGUCCGGAAGUCCUGCCUCAGACGGUGGACGACAAAUCCGAAAGGCCCAUGGCAUAUCUGACAAAAUGUGGGAAAUGUUUAAACCUUUAAUCCACAAGGAUGCUUGGUCUGUUAUACCAAUGAUUCUCAGGCCAAAGUCUCGUGGAAGAAUAAUGCUUAGAAGUACAAAUCCAUUUGAUAAACCUCUAAUUUAUGCUGGAUAUUUUACACAUCCCGAAGAUAUAAAGGUUCUUGUUGAAGGCGUAAAGAUUGUUAUAGCGAUGGCUAAAACUAACGCAUUCUUAGCAUAUGGAACAAAAUUUUACGAUCAAGUAAAAAUGCCAGGCUGUGAGGCUUUAGAAUCCUGGUCAGAUGAGUACUUUGAGUGUCUGUGCAGACAUUAUACAGCAACCAUAUACCACCAUUCAGGAAUAGCUAAGAUGGGGCCCCCUUCAGACCCUGGGGCUGUUGUUAAUCAUGAGCUAAAGGUGUAUGGUGUGCCUCGGCUUCGUGUAGUAGAUGCUAGUAUUAUGCCAACAAUAGUUUCAGGAAACACCAACGCUCCAACGAUUAUGAUUGCUGAAAAAGCAAGUGAUAUGAUUAAAGCGGAUUGGGGAUUCUACCAGGAUAGUUUACAUCAGGCUGAGAAGAAUCACGUUAGAAGACGAUCUACUGGAGACCAUAUCAGGAACUGGCCGGUCAAACUCAACAUUACAACAAAAUAUCUUACUGAGAUAUAAAUAUACAGCACUUAUUUUA